AUGACCCUGCUGAGUCGCUGCUGUCGUGCUUGGAUGUCUUUCGUGCUGCUACAGGACAUCGGAUUCAUCUGGAUGUGCUGUAAUGGUCGAGCUAGAUUUCUUCUGAAGAACUAUGCUCCUGAAGUUGCGCGACAACACUCGUUGUCCGUGGCACUGAUUGGUACCGUGAGACUACUACUCCUUGAAUACUUCGACUCUGGUCUACUACAUGCUUGUCAUUUGACGCUAACUGUAGUGUAUUCACUGAGUAUGCUAGGAGAGAUGUUCUACUUCGAGUCAUUGAACUCAUCCGUUCCAAAUAUCGCAAGGAUAGUUGUCCAAGGUAAAUACACUUCGUUGCUUUAA